UGACAGAGUUGCAAUUUCAAGCAUGAAUUCCAGGCGGGUAUAGUUAGCAAGAUUAUUUCCAUUAUCCCUGGAGCUGCUGGAGCUGAAGUUGGCUGCGUAGUGAAUUACAGGAAGAAACUACUGGUGUAGGCCAACGUGACGAGUUGGGAACUUCCUCUGUAAGGUUGUGGAAGUAUCAGGUGAGAUCAGGUGCUGGAGGCGUGGCCUAAGAUCAGGAUGAAGCCGGAGGACAGUCGUGGGCCCAGCUACACGGUGCCCUGCGAGGACUACGUGCACGUGGUGGAGUUCAGCCCCUUCGACAGCGGCUCACCCGCCUCUCUCCUGGCCUACGGAGGGAACCAGUACGUGGUGGUGGCCACCUGCCGCUUCCAGGAGGAGGACACAGAGGUGGAGGGGGUGGAGUUCACCACUCUGCGUGUGUUUCAUCACGGGUUGCGCGUGGACGCCCUGGCCUGGAGCCCUGAAUCCCGACUGGACCAGCUGCCCCAGGUCAUCAGGCUCUGCACUGCAGCAGCAGAUAGAAACCUCAGACUGCUGACCUCAGAUCUGCAGGACACGAACGAGGUGAAGGUGUUGGACGGCCACACCGACUAUAUCAAUCAUUUGGUUUUCGAGCCCACGGAGGGGAAACAGAUCGCCUCUGUCAGCGACGACCACACCUGCAGGCUGUGGGAUUUGGAGGGGAAAGAGACGGCCUGCCUCCAGCUGCGUUCUCCCGGGAUGAGUGUGUGCUGGCACCCUCAGGAGAUCUUUAAGUUGAUGGUUGCAGAGAAAAAUGGGAUUGUGCGUUUCUAUGACCUGGUCACCCAGCAGGCCAUUCUCUCCCUGGACAGCGGACAGACCCCUCUCAUGUCUGCCGACUGGUGCCUCACCAACACCAUCAAGGUGGGCGCUGUGACGGGCAAUGACUGGGUCAUCUGGGACAUCACCCGCUCCAGUUACCCACAGGAGAAAAGACCUGUCCACGUGGACCGGGCCCGACUCUUCAGGUGGUCCCGGGCCAGUGAGAAUCUCUUCUCUACCACUGGGUGCCCUGGAAAGAUCAGCAGCCAGUUACUGGUGCAUCACCUAGGUCACCCACAGCCUGUAUUGAUCGGAUCGUCCUGUGUUGGAGCGGGGCUAAGCUGGCACAGAUCCCUUCCUCUCUGUGUUGUUGGUGGAGACCGGAAACUGUCCUUCUGGGUGACGGAGAUGUAGAGGGAAAUCAUUCAGAAUCAAAG